AUGAGUGACAGCAACAGUGGCAGCAAAACACCGUACAUGUACGAAACGCAAACUUCGUGCAUGGUGCCGUACGGUAUGUACGAGUCAAAGCGCUCGACUAGGGAUGCGGAUUGGAUUGCAGACUUUGUUCGAAUUGCAUUCCCCGUUGGCGGGUAA